GUAAUACAUGAUGGACGUUGCUAUUCGACGGAUAUAAGACCCCCGUCGAUAAUGCACGAUGUAAUGUUGGCCCAUGUGCCUGUCUGCUUGUCAAUCAGCUGACAAACCAAUGCCAACCGCAUCGCGCUGCUCUGUAAAUAGGCUAGCCGCUGCCAUUAGCUUCGACUACUGCUUACGGCCAGCUGUAUAAAGAUUCGCGUUGUCCCCCAAUUUGGGUUCCAAUGGUUUUACGCUCAAGAGUUUGAGAGAUACUCGUAUCUUGUAGCUUUAAAAGAGGAAAUCAAUAUGUCUGCUUACCCCACUAUCGAAGGUGAAGUCUCGUUUGAGGCGCCUAACAGCGGUAGGCCUUGCAAAACGUGGUAUAAAAUCGUCGGAGACCUCGAGAAGUCCACAUCUCUCCCCCUCGUAGCCCUUCACGGGGGUCCCGGAGCGGGCCACGAGUACCUUACCUCGUUUACUGACCUUAUCGACCAAUACAAUGUCCCUAUUGUAUUCUACGAUCAAAUCGGUUGCGGGCACUCUACACACUUGAAGGAUAAAAUAAAGGACGAAUCCUUCUGGACCUUCGACCUAUUCAUCGCCGAGCUCGAUAAUCUGAUCGACCACCUACAACUCCGCACGAAAGGCUUUUAUCUUUUAGGUCAAAGCUGGGGUGGUAUGCUUGCUGGGAUGUAUGCUGCGCGUCGGCCGGAAGGGUUGAAGAAGCUCGUAUUAUGCGGCGCUCCUGCUAGCUUCCCGCUGUUCGUCGAAGGGGGCAAGCAAUUGCGCGCGCAGCUACCGGAAGAUGUCCGAAAGACGUUGGAUGAAGGCGACCGGACCGGAAACUUCGAAACGGAUGAGUAUGAGCAGGCUAGCAUGGUCUUUUACAAGAACUAUGUAUGUCGAGUCGAUCCGAUGCCGGAACCAGUGCAGCAGGCAUUCGCGAAUUUGAAGGAAGACCCCACUACCUACCUCACCAUGCAAGGUCCCUCUGAGAUUGUGGUUACCGGUAACCUUAGGGACUGGGAUGGGACGGAGGAAGCGAAGAAUAUCAAUGUGGAUACUCUGCUUUUGAAUGGACAAUACGAUGAGGUCUCUGAACUAUGUGUUGAGCCUUGGUUCCGGUCCAUUCCCCGGGUUAAAUGGAUCGUGUUGGAGAACUCAAGUCACAUGGGUCACUGGGAAGUGCGCGAGAGGUUCAUGAAGUUGGUAGGGACUUUCAUCACGUCUUAUUGACUUUGGGAUCAGAACGUAGCGAUGAAACCCGCAGCAGAAAACAUUAUUAUCUCAAUUCUGAACGAGCGGAUGUCUGUCUAAUCUUAAGACUAGUAGGCCUUCAACUUCUUAUCUUCCUCCAACACUCGGCAUACUUCAAUUAUAAGUGAAUCAAUGUAGAUUCCUUACAUAUCCAUUUGACGUCCCGGAAGCUUCGUGAGCCCUAUCAAAUAAGUCGUUAGUUCAUACUUUCCAGUAGUACAUCUUGAUGACAGGAAUAACUUACAGCCGUCAAUGUCCUC